UUGGCUACUCAGUUUUACAUAGUAGAAUUUUCGUCAGAAGAUGAGAAUUGUAGAGGGCCAUAUCUUGUGCCAGCAAACAAAGUUAAAAAGGAAAACGGAACCACUCAAGUUCUGUGGAGUGUUGUUGAUGAACUUAUGGGUAGCAUUAUGGAGGUAUACUAUGAAGCAACAUGCCUCAAGCAAGGUACGAAGAAGGAAUGUAGUGAUUUCCUUGACCUUCUAAAGAAAAAUAGAUAGUAGGCGGAAAUUAGCAACAAAGGGGGAGUAAGGAGCCGCAAGAAACCAGCAAAAUUAGCAAUUAUGAGUUUGAAGGUCUCGCCGAGUGCUCAACCUCUGGAAAAGCACUGA